UUCCCUUAAAAUACAUCAAGCAAUUUACUGCAAAUGCGGUAGACCGGUAUUGAAUUUAUACAAACCGGUUUGAUCAUAAGCAUAUUGAUAACCAGCAAAAUACAACUUGGAAAUAGUGAAGUUUCUUUCUUUACAGAUAUGUAAUAUUUUGCAAUAUUAUUGAGUUAAUUCUUGUUUCUUGACACUGUUGCAAUGCAGCUGUAGUGGAUCUCUUUUUCCAUUGCACGUUUAUUGCCUCUGGUCCUUCAGGAAGGAGGGAGUAAGAAAAAAAGUAGAUAAUUGCGGUUUAAGUCCUGUCUGGGAUUAAGCCUCCGUUCAGCCGACGUCAGCGUUCAUCCCGAUAUGUCAGGGUGAGGAUAGGCAGUGGGCGCCGGUUCCCAUCGCCUGCGGCCGCCUCCUAAAGCGCUCGCACCGUCUGCCGCUCGGAGCCUCGAUCGCCGCCCCUCACACGCUCGAGGCUAUCACUCACCCAGUCGAUCAAUUUGUUUGUCCUAUGCUAUUUCGCGUGCAAGAUGGCGGUGUCAGGGACGGAAAAUGACGCUACUAAAAUCGAAGAUGGGCCUUUGAGCAAUUCCUUAGAAAAGCCUGCACUGAUCUCACCUGAGAAAGAAGAUAUACGAUUACUGGCAGUUCCUUUCAGCGGCCGCAUCAAAGGUGGGAUGAGACCAGGAAAGAAGAUCAUUGUCAUGGGCAUAGUAGAUGCAGAGCCUAAAAGCUUCGACAUCAGCCUGACGUGCGGCCGCGGCACGGAGGAGGACCCCCCCCCCGACGUGGCGCUGGAGCUCUGCGCCCGCUUCGUGGACCGGCAGUUCCUGCGCAAGGCCUGCGUGUCUGGGGAGUGGGAGGAGCCAGAGAAGCCCAUCCCGUACUUCCCCUUCAUCGAGGACCAGCCCUUUCGGAUUGAGAUCCAUUGCGAGCACCAGCGAUUCCGGAUAUUCGUCGACGGCCACCAGCUCUUUGACUUUUACCACCGGGUGGCGUCGCUGCGGGCUAUCGACACCAUUCGGAUCACCGGAAGCCUUCAGAUCACCAAGCUGGGGUAGCCCCGCCUUGGCCACGCCCCCACAUGCCUUGGCCACGCCCCCACAUGCCGUGGACACGCCUCGCCGAGGUGAUCGCACGAAUCCGCGUCGUACCUGCGGCCCCCGUCCGUCUGAAUGAUUUGGGGAGCACAGGCGUUUCUACGCACGAGUUCCCAGAUACGAAGCCCCCCAUAUUUAGUCUGAAAUCAGCACACACACCAUGACAAGCCGUCUUCCAGUUUGCAUGUGGGUCCCCACUUACCUGGUCGUGCUGU